AUGGGUCAGUCCCUCUCUUCCACAUCCUCUUAUACAAAGAGUAUUGAUUUGGCCUCUGGCUUUGACAAAUUUUUUAAGAACUUCAAGCCAGAAAGCAAAAUCCUCUCUCAGGAAACCAUCACAUUGAUUGAAACACACCUGAAGGUGGGGGACAUUCCCAGAUUGGCUUCUGUAAUUAGUGAUGCAUUGAGAGACAUUGACAGUGCCCCUCUAAACAUUGCUGUGACCGGGGAGUCUGGAACAGGGAAAUCCAGUUUCAUAAAUACCCUGCGGGGGGUGAGGCACGAUGAAGAAGGGGCUGCCCUCACCGGGGCAGUGGAGACAACCUUGGAGAGAAGAGCAUACAAACACCCGAAACUUCCCAAUGUGACAUUUUGGGAUCUGCCUGGUAUGAUGACCAUUACUUUUCAGCCACAGAAGUAUCUGAAGAAGAUGAAAUUUUGUGAGUAUGACUUUAGUAUCAACUCUUCUACACGCCUCAAAAUUAGUGAUGCUCAUUUGGCUGAAGCAAUUAGAAAAAUGAAGAAGAAUUUCUACUUUCUUCGAACUAAAGUGGACAGUGAUUUACAUAGUGCAAAAAUAAGUAAACCCAGCGCAUUCAAUAUGGAUGAAAUCCUGCAAAGGAUCUGCAGUGACUGCCCCAUUGACCGGAAGAGGGAUUCCCUGAAACAGAAGGUCUGGCUGGAGGCCCUGAAGGCUAGAGCAUCAGCCACCAUCCCCUUCAAGGGUUUUAUCAGUGAUAAUGAUGUAGAGAAGCUGGAGGAGACUUUAACCCUCUACAGGUCUUACUUUGGGCUGGAUGAUGCAUCCCUGGAAACCAUAGCCAAGGACUUGCAUGUGUCAGUGGAGAAACUCAAGGCAAACCUCAACUCUCCCCAUUUGCUAUCAGCUGAGAAGGGUGAUGAGUUAUUAGGAGAAAAACUGUUGAGAUAUGUGGAAAAAUUCUGCGCUGUUACUGGAGGACCCAUUGCCAGUGGUAUUUACUUUAGGAAGAUAUUCAACUUGCAAAAUUAUUUCCUUGAGACCGUGGUGAAUGAUGCAAAAGUUCUUCUUUAA